GGUCACGUGGCACUCAUGUGAUUUGUAAACAGUAGCCUGCAGAUGAAAGGAGGUGAGCGGAGUUUAUGAAAUAAAGGACUAUGGACAUGGAUCUCUGAAGACCUGCCGGCUGGAGCGAGUGGAGGCUGCCACCAUGGUGGACUUUCUUGCAGAGAAUAACCUGUGUGGACAGGCCAUCCUGAGGAUUGUGUCUCGGGGGAACGCCAUCAUUGCAGAACUGUUACGGCUCUCUGACUUCAUCCCCGCAGUUUUUAGGCUCAAAGACAAGAGUGACCAACAGAAGUAUGGCGACAUCAUCUGUGACUUCAGCUACUUCAAGGGUCCAGAGUACUAUGAGAGCAAGCUGGAGGCCAAACCAGACCUGCAGGACCUGGACGAGGAAUUCCGGGAAAACAACAUUGAAAUAUUAUCACGCUUUUAUCUAGCUUUCGAAAGUGUCCAUAAAUACAUUGUAGACUUGAUAAGGUACCUGGAUGACCUCAAUGAAGGCGUCUACAUUCAGCAGACUUUGGAAACUGUUCUUCUAAAUGAGGAUGGAAAGCAGCUUUUGUGUGAAGCCCUGUAUCUCUAUGGUGUUAUGCUGCUGGUAAUAGACCAGAAAAUAGAAGGGGAAGUCAGAGAGAGGAUGCUGGUGUCCUACUACAGAUACAGCGCUGCCCGCUCUUCUGCUGACUCCAAUCUGGAUGACAUCUGUAAGCUCUUACGGAGCACUGGCUACUCCAGCCACGCUGGAGCUAAACGUCCACCCAACUACCCUGAGAGCUACUUCCAGAGAGUGCCCAUCAGCCCCACCUUCAUCAGCAUGGUCAUAGGCCGCCUGCGCUCAGACGACAUCUACAACCAGGUGUCUGCGUAUCCACUGCCAGAGCACCGGAGCACAGCAUUAGCCACCCAGGCAGCCAUGCUGUACGUCUGCCUGUACUUCACACCUUCCAUUUUGCACACCCAGCAGGCCAAGAUGAGGGAGAUUGUCGACAAAUACUUUCCUGAUAACUGGGUCAUCAGCAUAUACAUGGGAAUCACUGUGAACUUGGUGGAAGCAUGGGAACCUUACAAAGCAGCCAAAACUGCCCUGAAUUACACUCUGGAUCCAGCCAACAUUAAAGAACAGGCCUGUCGCUAUGCAGCCAGUGUAGAGAGCCUUCGGCCGCAGGUGCAGCAGCUGCUGAAGGAGGGAUUCCUGAGGGAGGAGAUCGUCCUGGAUAACAUCCCAAAGCUUCUCAACUGCUUGCGUGACUGCAACGUCGCCAUCCGCUGGCUGAUGCUGCACACUGCAGAAUCAGCUUAUGACCCAAACAACAAGAGGCUUCGUCAAAUCAAGGAUCAAGCGAUUAAUGACUCCAAAUACAACCCCAAGAUUCUGUUCCAGCUGCUCCUGGACACAGCUCAGUUUGAGUUCAUACUGAAAGAAAUGUUCAAGCAGAUGUUGGUGGAAAAACAGCUGAAGUGGGAGAGCUAUAAGAAGGAGGGAUCGGAGAGGAUGACUGAACUGGCAGAGGUUUUCUCUGGGGUCAAGCCUCUCACCAGGGUGGAGAAAAAUGAGAACCUGCAGGCUUGGUUCAGGGAAAUCUCCAAACAGAUUGAGUCCCUGAACUAUGAAGAUUCCACAGCAGCAGGGAGGAAGACUGUGCAGCUCAUUCAGGCUCUCGUGGAGGUGCAAGAGUUCCACCAGCUGGAGUCCAACCUGCAGGUGUGCCAGUUCCUGGCCGACACGCGCAAGUUCCUGCACCAGAUGAUCCGCACAAUCAACAUCAAAGAGGAGGUGCUGAUCACCAUGCAGAUUGUGGGGGAUUUGUCCUACGCCUGGCAACUUAUAGACAGCUUCACCUCCAUUAUGCAGGAGAGCAUCCGUGCAAGCCCCUCUAUGGUGACCAAACUUCGAGCAACCUUUCUGAAGUUGGCUUCAGCCCUGGACCUUCCACUAAUGCGCAUCAAUCAGGCCAACAGCCCAGAUCUGCUCAGCGUGUCCCAGUUCUACUCCGGAGAGCUGGUGGCUUAUGUCAGAAAGGUCCUGCAGAUCAUUCCAGAAAGCAUGUUUACCUCCCUGGCCAAAAUCAUCAAGCUGCAGAUCCAUGACAUCAUGGAGGUGCCCACACGCCUGGACAAGGACAAGCUGAAGGAAUACGCCCAGCUCGGGGCUCGAUACGAGGUUGCCAAACUCACUCAUGCCAUUUCAAUCUUCACUGAAGGAAUUCUGAUGAUGAAAACGACUCUUGUUGGAAUCAUCAAGGUGGACCCCAAGCAGCUUCUGGAGGACGGUAUAAGGAAGGAGCUUGUGAAACGUGUUGCUUAUUCCCUACACAAAGGCCUCAUCUUCAACCCCAAAGCUAAACCCAGUGAGCUGAUGCCUAAGCUGAAGGAAAUGGCUGCCACUAUGGACGGCUUCUACCGCUCUUUUGAGUACAUCCAGGACUACGUCAGCAUCUACGGCCUGAAGAUCUGGCAGGAGGAGGUGUCACGCAUCAUUAACUACAACGUGGAGCAGGAGUGCAACAGCUUUCUCAGAACAAAGAUCCAGGACUGGCAGAGCAUUCACCAAUCAACGCACAUCCCCAUUCCGAAAUACCCACCAGUCGACGAGUCUGCCACUUUCAUUGGCCGCCUUUGCAGAGAGAUCUUGAGGAUCACCGAUCCAAAAGCAACAAGUUACAUCGAUCAGUUGAACACCUGGUAUGACAUGAGGACACACCAGGAGGUGACCAAUAACAGGCUCUUCACAGAGAUACAGGACACUUUGGGGACAUUUGGUCUGAAUGGACUCGACCGUCUCCUCUGCUUCAUGAUUGUGAAGGAGCUGCAGAAUUUCCUGACUGUACUUCAGAAGACCAUCCUCAAGGACAAAGCUAUAGUUGACAUUUUCAAGGCCCUGCUGAAUGCAGUAAACCCAGUUAAAGGCAUUGUGGCCACUGCGAGCAAAGUCUACACCAGUGCAAUAGCCAAAACACAAAAGAUCUGGCCUGCAUAUCUGGAGUCAAUAAUGAAGGUGGGUCAGAUGCAGAUCUUGAGGCUGCAGAUUGCCAAUGAGUUGAACUACUCCUGCAAGUUUGACUCCAAACAUCUCGCUGCAGCCCUGGAGAAUCUGAACAAGUCUCUGCUUGCUGAUAUUGAAGCGCAUUACCAGGACCCGAGUCUGCCUUACCCUAAAGAGGACAACACGCUCCUCUAUGAGAUCACUGCCUAUCUGGAGGCAGCUGGGAUACACGACCCCCUGAACAAAAUCUACAUCACCACCAAGCGCUUGCCUUACUUUCCCAUCGUCAACUUCCUCUUCCUCAUCGCCCAGCUGCCCAAGCUGCAGUACAGUAAAAACCAAGGAAUGACGUGCCGGAGGGCGGCUGACCCUGUGGACUGGGUUCCGCUGGUCCUGGGCUUGCUGACUCUUCUGAAACAGUUCCACUCCAGAUACACAGAGCAGUUUCUGGCUCUCAUUGGUCAGUUCAUCCGAUCUAUUAUGGAGCAGUGCACAAGUCAAAAGAUUCCAGACAUGCCGUCAGAUGUGGUUGGAGCUCUGAUGUUGUUAGAGGACUAUGUGCGCUACACAAAACUGCCCAGAAAGGUGGUUGAAGCUCACGUCCCCAGUUUCAUUUUCGAUGAAUUCAGAACUGUGCUGUAAUCAUUCACUUCAUCCAAAAUAAGUAUCAACUAGUUUGCCUGUUAAAAAUCUACAAAUCAUUUGUGACACCAUUUUGCCUUUUUUUUAAGCACUAAUGAUUCACUGAUUUAAUUAUGAAGUUUAAUUACUGUAACAUUUUCAUAUGAAAAAAAAGUUUCAUCAUAUUCUGACUUGGCUCUACAAAAUAUAUAGAUGUUCUUGUAAUAAAAUGUUCUAAAUGA